UUCCUUCCCCCCAUCUAUUUCUUCUCUCAAUGAUUUGUUUUGUAGUAACGAAAAAGAUGAACAAAUUGAAGUGCUUCUUAGGAUCAAAUUUGUGAGUAUUCUGUGAAACAAUCAGCUCAGUAGAGAGAACUGAGAUACGAUUUUCAGGUCAAUUCUUGUGAAGAGAGAGAAGUAAACGAAGGGGGAACUCUCUCUCUCUCUCGCUAUUGUUUCAUGUAAUGGCACUGUUCACAGGACAAGGACGCCUAAAGCCUCUCUUCGGUGGUGAUGGUGUAUCAAUGCCGUUCGAACCCAAAGACCCAUGUCGCAGCCAUAACUAUAUGGUACUUGGUGUUGGUGGGAUGAGAUUCAUUGACGCAACACCAUAUCCACUGCAACUUCGAAAGGGGAAGCGCAGAUUCAGUGGCUCUACUAGUACCAGAUUAUACGCUGCAUCAUCGUCUUUAAGCAAAUCCAAGCAUCAUCCCAAUAAAAAUGAGAGCUCAAAUGUCAGUAAAGAUGGUGAUUUUGAUGGCGUAUUGGAGGACCCAGAGUUUGAGAGGGACGAGUUGUCUUGUUUCAGGGGUUUGGUAUUAGACAUCUCUUACAGGCCCGUCAAUGUUGUCUGCUGGAAGCGUGCUAUUUGUUUGGAAUUUAUGGACAAGGCUGAUGUUCUGGAGUAUUAUGACCAAACUGUAAACUCUCCUAAUGGAUCCUUCUAUAUACCAGCUGUCUUAAGGGUUCCACAUUUACUGCAGGUCGUUAAGAGAAGAAGACUCAAAAGCAAUCUUAGUCGUACAAAUAUACUUCAGCGCGACGAUUUCACUUGUCAGUAUUGUUCUUCAGGUGAGAAUUUGACCAUUGACCACGUUCUUCCAAUUGCACGUGGUGGAGAAUGGACAUGGGAAAAUUUGGUUACUGCUUGUGAAAAAUGUAACUCGAGAAAAGGCCAGAAAACUGUAGAGGAAGCAAAUAUGAAGCUAAUGAAGGUCCCCAAGGCUCCUAAGGAUUAUGACAUAGUUGCCAUACCACUGACAAGCUCAACUAUAAAGAUGCUGAGAAAGAGAAAGGGAAUGCCUGAAGAGUGGCAGCAAUACCUAGCAAAGCCAUCUUCAGAGCCUUAAACAUACAAGUUCUGAUGCAGUUUGUACAUUCACUUACAUUCUGCCUUUCUAAUGUACAUAAUAUUCAUGUAAAGUGAAAUAGGCUGAUGACGUAUAU